AUGAAGUAUCAAGUUUACACAGAAACUGCUGAACUCCGCGAGCUCUGCGAGAAGUCAAUCAGAGAAACACUCGAGGCCGGCUGGCUUGCCCCCGGAAAGAAAGCGACCGCUGUUGAGAAUUUACUCGCAGAACACUUCCAUAUGAAGAACGGAUGCUUGGUUAACUCUGCUAAAUCAGCACUUCUAUUAUCACUUGCUGCAUAUGGCGUUACACAUGGUGAUUACGUUAAAACUGAUGAUUUUGAAGGCGUAAUCAAAUUUUUAGGUGCGGUUACAACACAAAAUGGCUCCGAAAAGCCAAAAGCUCAAAUUGUUGAAGGCAAGAAAUCUACUAAUAUCGAAAAAAUCGCUCCAAUUUUAAUUCGUCACCAAGAAAAUUAUCUUAUGGACCCAUUAGAUGCUGUUGAUGUUGAAAUUUUCACUCUUACUAACUGCUGCUGCGUAGUUAUCUUCAAAUCAAAGGAAAUUUACAACGCAGUUCUUAGAAUGAGAGAUUGGGGUCGUGCUGGCACACAAGACGAAGAUUUCGCAGGUAGAUACAGUCAAUUCGUUCUUGGAGACACACAUUACGAUUGGAAAUUUGUUUUCAAUGAACUUGGAUUCAAUUUCAAGAGUUGCGAAAUGGCUGCAUCAGUUUGCCUUGAAUCAGUUAAGAGUAUUCUUGCUUCUGAAGAAAUUUCUCUUUGA